GCACGAGGGUUCUGGUGUAGGAGAAGAGAGCCGAAGCGUUGGUAAGUUUGCUCCGGAGACGAAAAACAGAGUCACAGAGAUAUAUGCUCGUGUGCAGGGCACUCAUAUAAUUGGGGCUACUUUGUUUCAUAUAUUACGAAAUUGUUUAUUACCCAUUUACUCUUUUAUCUUAAGAAGAACUUUCACUCCAUUGAAAUGAUGUCAUCACUUAUAUAUCUUUAGUGAGCAUACUUGCUUGAUCUUGAACCUCUGUGCAGAGCUUACUUUGUUGCUAGGAAGGGGUUAACGCAAGAGAUCAGUUGAAGCAAGUGGAGUCUGCCUCUGGUGCAAUACUAGAAAAUGAAGCUUCUCUUUCCCUCUAUUAUUUUACUCUUCCAAAUAUACUUUUACCACUCUCUAGAUUUCUAAUCUUGAUAUGUUCAUUGUAAAAAUAUUGAAAUUUUGAUUGAUAUGUCUGCCUCCUCUUCCUCACCAGGUCUAUUUUUGGCCUCGUAAACUUGGAAUAUGUUGCACUCUUGGAAUAAAUCUGUUUGGUUUUAUCAACAUAAUACGAAAAACAUGCAUUAUUAUUCUUGACCAACCGGCAAAAUCACAUCCACUCGAUCCUUCUUCUCGACUUAAUCGUUUCAGCUGCAUACUCUGCCUACGCAUUGAUAUUCUGAUGCUUUUCUCCUCCAACUCGUUUCUACUUGAUUCAUCUUGCAUCACCUGCAUGCUGGCCCUAAAAUUUAAAACACUUGAAACAAUCAAUUACGUAUUAGAGAUAGAUGAUCAAUGCAUAUAUUGUUUGAAUCAUUUCGGGGAUUAAAAGAUCUAUCAUAUAAUUAUUUAAAAUUUAGAGACAAAAAAGGAUAUUUUGUCUUCAUUUCAACCAUAAAAGUUAUCAAUCAUAUUUUAUUUAAAAUUAUAAUCCAAAAUAUAGAAAUAAUGAAGAACUCUAUUUUCUAAACAUUAUUACUAAACUGUAGAAAAAUAUUGUUGUAUGAGUUUUUUUAAUCUUUUUCUUAUUUAGUUUUUACAGUUACAUCAAAUACAGCUUCACUAAAAAUGCUACAAACUAAAUUUUAAAUAAUUUUUUCUACAAUUAUAUAUAUAUAUAUAUUUGUAACUAUCUACAAUUAUAUUUCAACCAAUCAUCCAUCGUAUAUAUUUUUUUUUAACUAUAUACUGUGUAUCUCUCGUUUAUUUGUAAGUUCAUAAUGUUAUCCAGUAAAUAAUAUAGUGAAAAUAAGGUUCACUCUUUACAUCAGAAAUUAAUAUACAUAUUUAGUUAGUUUAGUUUUAUGACGACUACAUUGACUGGAUUUUUUCAAAAAAAAUUUGAAAGAAUUUUAAAUUUAUUCAUAAAAAAAAACUUUUUUUGCAUAUAAAAUGUGACUUUUUCCUAUGACAUUAGUCAUAGUAGCUUUGAGCUGAAAUGUUUAUAAAACACAGAAAAAAAUUAGCGGUAUGCAGUAUGUAAAUGUUGAAUGGGCAUAGACAAAUAUAUAGGAAUCCUAUAGACGGAAACGGCCACCACAUUACUAGUGGAGGUUGUGUACAUGAUAAUAUAUUAUAUUUAAAAUGAAUAUGUAAAUGCCAUUUUUUUUUGUUACUUCAGCUUGAAGCUAUUGAGCAACACAAAGGCAUAAGAUUCUCUGGGCAAUUAUACGUUUACUCUUUUAGGAAAGGUAAACAAAUUUUGAAGUGGGAUUCAUGUACAAUAUGUUUAUAUUUUGAUUGGUGAGAUCAACAAUUUGUAUCAUAUGCUCUACAAACUAUGACCCUAAAAUAAAUAUAUAUACUAUGGGAUAAAUUACGGCUGCUACAUGACACUCAUGACAGUAAGCUCUCAUCUGUUGGAAAUUUUCUUCUCUUUAUCUACUCAUGAACAUUAGCUCAUCUUCUUCCUUUUGUAAUAAGUGGCUUACCACAAUACGUAUUUCAAAAAUUGGUAUGAAUCUUAAUAUGUAGACAAAAAUAUAUAAAUUACGGCUGCUAUGUGACAGUGAUAUAAAUAUAUUCCCAAGGAACAAUUUUUAAUCAUGGGUAGUCUAGUCAAUGUUGUCAUUCUCAUCUUUAUUUCAGCAAACUUUAAUAUAUGCACAUAAUCUUAAUUAAGAUACAUAAAGAAGGAUUAAGGUGGUUAACGCAUAUAUGUUUGGCUAAUGUAUAAUAUUGCUAACCUUUUUAGAUUAUUCGAAGUUUGCGGUAUGUGAGCCCUUAUAAUGAAGUUAUAUGUUAGUGUCUUCAAGUUAAGAAAUAAGCAACAAAUUGAUAUACCAAGUUUUUCUUGGUAAAAUGAGUGAUAUAUCAGGUUAUAUAUACCCAAUUAUGCUGUACCUAAAAAAAAUUAUGCUGUAACUAAAUACUAGAUACAUAAAAGAGAUGGUGGUUAAACGGAACUAGGCAGAUACUAUAUAUAAUACAUUAAUUAUGUCUAUGUGCAAAAUAUCAUGCACACACACGUAUCCAAUCCGUAAGUAAUUAGAUUUGUGAAAUUAAUGGAAUAUACAUACACAUACUGAAAGUAAUUCUUAGAUUUUUAUAAAAUAUGGCUAUAAAUUCGGGUAUGCAUUGCAUUGUCAUGUGCUUAGCUUUACCUUUUGGAUACGAAAGGGAUGAAAUGUACGUGAGAAAAGUACAAUGUCUAAUCUGAGUAUAUUACAUAAAACAGCAUGAAAAUACACGACACGAAAAAAAAAACUCAAAUACUUAAACUCGUAUCGGAACCUUCUCAUGCACAUAAAGCAAAGGCUACUAAAUAUAUUCCCUCCAUGUCACGUUUCAGAACAGCUGUUCUAGAUAUCAUUCUCUCUCUUUUCUCCAAUUUUUAAAAUUUUAAUUCUAUGAUAAGUAUUGUGUUUCAUUCUGGUAUAUUUAGAUUUUUGGGACAAAAAGAGACGACAUAAAAAUACGGAUUCAUGCUUAAAGAUAAUAUUAAAAAUAUAUCUCACGGAAAAAUAUAAAGAUUCAUAGCCUAGAUUAUCUUUCUCUCUAUCCUAAUGUUUCGAGUAAAGUUAACCAUAUUAAAGAGAAUAAAAACCAUCGAACAUAUAAAGAACACCAACCAUCCUAACUCAUCAAAGUGAUAAGACUCUAUCUCUCUCAUGCUUUUGUUCUCACUCUUCUUUGUUCUCUAUUAUAGUUUCAAAUAGAAAAAUCUAAUAAAACCUACUAAUUCGAUCGAUGUUAGUUUCUGUCCUUAUUUCCACCAACCAACGAAGAUAGGACCCAAACAAAACCCACAAGGCUAGAAACCAUGCGAAAUCUCCAAUCCCUUCGUCUCCAGUUGUUUUCUCGUACACUAUUUACGGUCGGUUUAGUCACUCUUCUAAUGAUCGAUGCGUUUGCAUUACAAAACAACAACGAAGCCGACACAACAAAAGAUACUACUACCAUUAUGUCGAUGAAAAACUCCAUUACACACGGUAACGAGCAUGAAGAUGGAACAAGACAUGGUGAUCUUAGCUACGCUGGCAGCAAAAGAAAAGUGCCUCGUGGAUCCGAUCCUAUACAUAACAGGAGAGCAGGAAAAUCAAGACGGCCACCGGGAAGAGCAUAAGUACAGUGAAAGCUUGGGGAAGAGAGAGAAGUAUUUGUUGGCAAAUAGGUCUUGUAAAAUGUUGCUAGAUUCUCUUUUCCCGUUCAUUUGGGAUCGAAUCUCUUAAAUAUGCUCAAAAUAUUUGUGACCCUACACUUCUAUUUCUUUGAAUGUUUUCUUUUUGUACCUAGCGAAGAAAUAUUAUUGAGUUAGCAAGAGGAAACCCUAUAUAAGUAUAAACAUUUUAUACAA